CUGCAAGAAUGUCUUUUCCACCUCAUUUGAAUCGCCCUCCCAUGGGAAUCCCAACGCUUCCCCCCGGGAUUCCACCUCCACAGUUUCCUGGCUUUCCUCCACCUGUGCCUCCUGGGACCCCUAUGAUUCCUGUGCCAAUGGGCAUUAUGGCUCCUGCUCCAACUGUGUUAGUUCCUACCACAGUGUCUAUGGUUGGAAAACAUUUGGGAGUCAGAAAAGAACACCCUGGCUUAAAAGUCAAAGAAAACGAUGAAAACAGUGGUCCCACUACCACUGUUUUUGUAGGCAAUAUUUCUGAGAAGGCCUCAGACAUGCUCAUAAGGCAGCUUCUAGCGAAAUGUGGUUUAGUUUUGAGUUGGAAGAGAGUACAAGGAGCAUCUGGCAAACUUCAAGCCUUUGGAUUUUGCGAGUACAAAGAACCAGAUUCCACGCUACGAGCACUGAGACUACUCCACGAUCUCCAGAUUGGAGAAAAGAAGCUGCUAGUCAAAGUUGAUGCAAAGACAAAGGCUCAGCUAGACGAAUGGAAAGCAAAGAAAAAGGCCUCUAAUGGGAACUCCAGACCAGAGACAACGAAUGAUGAUGAUGAAGCACUGGAUGAGGAAACGAAGAGAAGAGAUCAGAUAAUUAAAGGGGCCAUUGAUGUCUUAAUACGAGAAUAUUCCAGCGAGCUCAAUGCCCCCUCCCAGGAAUCUGACUCUCAUCCCAGGAAGAAGAAAAAGGAAAAGAAGGAGGACAUUUUCCGCAGAUUUCCAGUGGCCCCACUGAUACCUUAUCCACUCAUCACCAAGGAGGAUAUAAAUGCUAUAGAAAUGGAGGAAGACAAAAGAGACCUGAUAUCAAGAGAGAUCAGUAAAUUCAGAGACACACACAAGAAACUGGAGGAGGAAAAAGGCAAAAAGGAGAAAGAAAGACAGGAAAUUGAAAAAGAACGCAGAGAAAGAGAAAGGGAACGGGAGCGUGAACGAGAAAGGAGGGAGCGUGAAAGAGAAAGGGAGCGUGAACGUGAACGAGAGAAGGAGAAGGAACGGGAACGAGAACGAGAUAGGGAUCGUGACCGAACUAAAGACCGAGACAGAGACCGCGAACGGGACAGAGACCGUGACAGAGAUCGCGAAAGGAGUUCAGAUCGCAACAAGGAUCGGAGUCGAUCAAGAGAGAAAAGCAGAGACAGAGAAAGGGAACGAGAGCGAGAACGGGAAAGGGAACGAGAGCGGGAACGAGAAAGGGAACGAGAGCGAGAACGGGAGAGAGAACGAGAACGGGAACGAGAACGAGAAAAGGAUAAGAAGAGAGAUCGAGAAGAAGAUGAAGAAGAUGCCUACGAGCGCCGAAAGCUAGAGAGAAAACUUCGGGAAAAAGAAGCUGCGUACCAAGAGCGUCUUAAAAACUGGGAAAUCAGAGAACGGAAGAAAAGUCGAGAAUAUGAAAAAGAGGCUGAAAGGGAGGAAGAAAGAAGAAGAGAAAUGGCAAAAGAAGCCAAACGGUUAAAAGAAUUCUUAGAAGAUUAUGAUGAUGACAGAGAUGAUCCAAAGUACUACAGGGGUAGUGCUCUUCAGAAGAGGCUACGAGACCGGGAGAAAGAGAUGGAAGCAGACGAACGGGACAGGAAAAGGGAAAAGGAAGAAUUGGAAGAAAUUCGGCAGCGCCUCCUGGCAGAAGGACACCCAGAUCCAGAUGCAGAACUCCAGAGAAUGGAGCAGGAGGCUGAAAGGCGCAGGCAGCCGCAAAUCAAGCAAGAGCCAGAGUCUGAGGAAGAAGAGGAGGAAAAGCAGGAAAAAGAGGAAAAAAGAGAAGAGCCAGAGGAAGAGGAGGAGGAGCCUGAGCAAAAGCCCUGUCUUAAACCAACUUUAAGACCCAUCAGUUCUGCCCCAUCUGUUUCUUCUGCUAGUGGAAAUGCAACCCCUAACACACCUGGUGAUGAAUCUCCAUGUGGCAUUAUCAUUCCUCAUGAAAAUUCACCUGAUCAACAGCAGCCAGAGGAGCAUCGGCCUAAAAUAGGACUUAGCCUCAAAUUGGGUGCUUGCAAUAGCCCUAACCAGCCCAACGCUGUAAAAAGGAAAAAGCUCGCUGUGGAUAGUGUUUUCAAUAAAUUUGAUGAUGAAGACAGUGAUGAUGUGCCCCGGAAAAGGAAACUUGUCCCCUUGGAUUAUGGAGAUGAAGAUAAAAGCAAUCUCAAAGGCAGUGUCAAUACAGAAGAAAAACGAAAACAUAUUAAGAGUCUUAUUGAGAAGAUUCCCACAGCAAAACCUGAGCUCUUUGCUUAUCCUCUUGACUGGUCGAUUGUGGAUUCAACAUUAAUGGAACGUCGAAUCAGGCCAUGGAUCAACAAGAAAAUAAUAGAAUAUAUUGGUGAAGAAGAAGCUACGCUAGUUGACUUUGUUUGUUCUAAGGUUAUGGCUCAUAGCUCACCACAGAGCAUACUGGAUGAUGUUGCCAUGGUACUGGAUGAAGAAGCUGAAGUUUUCAUAGUCAAAAUGUGGAGGUUGUUGAUAUAUGAAACAGAAGCCAAGAAGAUUGGUCUAGUGAAAUAAAGCACGCUCCUUGUUCCUAGGGUUCCAUUUCAAUUUUUUCCCCAUCAUUCAAGGACUUUGAAAUUUCUCUGUUCUCAGAGACUUGAGACCUGUAUUUUUUUAUGUAGAAAAUGUGAAAUUUUUGUCCUCUGCCCUGAGGCCUCCUUUGCCCUUCUUGGUUAUAGUUAUCUUAAUCCUGCAUUGGUUCUCUUUAUAAUUCACCAGGUACAAUUACCGGUAUGUUUUAUAAGCUGCAGCUACUGUACACGCUCUCUGGUAAUCUUGUUAUGCUAUUCUGAUUCUGUAAAUAUUAAAAAGUUGCCCGUUUUGCAAAACAUUUGCACUUAAUGUGGAACUAUGUCAG